GACACUUGGCAUUGUGUGCGAAAACCCUCUGCCCCUUCCCUUCCUAACUUUGGCAGAAAGUUAUUGAAAACGGGCCUUACGCGGGGUUACACUUUGUUCUUUUUCCUCGAGAAUUCCUUGUAGUUUUCAACCGACGCAAACAAAGAGUCAAUAUAUAUAUAAGCCCAAUUCUCGUUCAUCAUCUUCCUCAAGCAAUUAAGUAGCCUUCAUUCAAAGACAUGCGAGAAACUCAAACUGGAUGGAUGUUCGAUGUGUUCGUUAGUUUCAGAACUGAAGACACUGGCAAAAACUUCACUGAUCAUCUAUGCACUGCUCUGGAUCACAAGGGAAUUGUCACCUUCAGAUACGACCAAGCACUUGAGAGAGGAAAACCCAUUUCCACAGAAAUUCAGAAAUCGAUCAGAGAAUCGAGGUUUUCGAUCGUUGUCUUCUCAAGAAGCUAUGCUUGUUCAAAUCGGUGCUUGGAUGAGCUUGUGCAGAUCCUUGAGUGCAUGUCAAAGGGUCAGAUCGUUUACCCAGUUUUCUAUGACGUGGAUCCAUCUGAUGUGCGCAAACAGAAGGGUUGUUUUGAGAAAGCUUUUUGUGAACAUGAGCAAUAUUUCAAGGACAAGGUGGAGAGCUGGAGGGCUGCAAUGAAAGAGGCAGCUAAUCUCUCUGGAUGGGAUUUGAAGAACAAGUACCAGUCAAUAGUUAUCCAAGAGAUUGCUGAAAGGAUAUUCAAUCAAUUGAGCCAAGAGGUUUCAAGUGCGCCCAAGGAUUUAGUUGGAAUAGAUUCCCUCGUCAAGGAAAUGAAUCUGUACUUAGAUACGGGGGUGGAUGAUGUUCGCAUUACAGGAAUCUGUGGGGAGAAAGGAAUAGGCAAGACAACUAUUGCUCAAGUUGUUUUUGACAGUCUGUCUGUCCAAUUUGAUGAUCGCAGCUUUCUUGCCAACAUAAAAGAAGUUUCUGAAAAACAGGGCCUAGUUCCAUUACAGGAACAACUUAUUUCAGAAAUCCUCAUGGAAAGGAGUAUGAAGAUAAGGAAUGUUCAUAAAGGUGUCAAUACAAUCAGAAACAGCCUAUGCCGUAAAAAGAUUCUUCUUGUUCUCGAUGGCGUGGAUCAAUUAGAACAACUAGAAAACUUAGCUGGAAACCGUGAUUGGUUUGGUGCAGGAAGUAGAAUCAUAAUAACAACCAGGGACGAAAACUUGCUGAUCAGAUAUGGAGUGGACAGAAUAUACAGAGCAGUGGAGUUGAAUCAUGAUGACGCUCUUGAGCUCUUUUGCUGGAAAGCCUUUAAGCAAGGCUGUCCCCCAGAGGAUUAUGCAGGACUAUGCAACCUUGUUUUAGAUCAUGCUAAGGGCAUCCCGUUAGCACUUGAAGCUUUGGGAUCGUUCUUGUUUGGUAGGAGAAUACCUGAAUGGAAAAGUGCCGUGGAUAGACUAGCUCAAGUUCCUUGCACGUGGAAUUACUUAAAAUGAAUUUUACCUUUCCGUUUCUUAUGGCUCGUUAGGGAGUGCUUUUGGAGCAGCGAAAAGCGCUUCUAAAUGAGUGAAAGCGCUUCUGUCUUUUAAAAAUGGUCUUUGGCAAAAAUUGCAAAAGUGCUUUAGGUGAGAUCCAAAAGCACUUGGAGUGGUUUUGGAAGAAGCACUUGAGAUGUGCUUCUUCUUAAAAGCGCUGUAGGACAAAACAUGGGAAGCACUUGGCUCCUUUCAAUGAAACUUUUAAAAUGCCAAAAAUACCCAUAUUUAAUUUUUUUAAAUGCCCAAAUACCCUUUCUUUUUUUUACAAAGAGCUGUUGGUGUGCAUCGCUUGGCAGCCAUGGAUGAUCGUUUUGUAAAUUCCCUCGUUUGGCUCCCUACUUCAAGUCUCUGUUGUGACCAGAGUUGCUAUGUAAUCUGGAACCAGUUUUUGACUGAAUAUAAAGUACUAUUACAUA